AUGGUUGCUUGGAAGGCCUCCGUUGCGGCUUUUGCCGGCGUCGCGACACUUGCCUCAGCGUCUGUGAAGAGAAAUGAGGUCGUGCCUACCAUCGAGAAGACCACGGUCCCGGGUGCUUUCAUCGUUGAAUUGGCAGACGAUCAGGAUGCCACCAGUCUUCUAAGUAGUCUCCAGUCAGAAGCCGGUCUCUCGAAGGUCUCUCAACGCCUGAGCCUCAACUCCAAGAUCUUCAAAGGUGUCUCCAUUAGCGUCGAAAAUGCGAACAAUGACACCGCAACCAAGAUCGCCGGUCUUCCUCAAGUCAAGCAGCUUUGGCCCGUUCCCCUCAUCUCCGUGCCAAAGCUUGACAUCACCUGGACCGGCAAGGACAAAACUCCAUCAAAGUAUAAGCGCCAGACAAACUCGACCGACGCCUGGCCGCCUCACGUCAUGACCCAAGUCGACAGACUCCGCGCCAAGGGAUUCACAGGCCUAGGCCUGAAGAUCGGCAUCGUCGAUACCGGCAUCGACUACACCCACCCUGCCCUCGGCGGCUGCUUUGGCCCUGGGUGCCUCGUGGAGUAUGGCUCAGACAUCGUCGGCGACGCCUACGACGGCACCAACGCACCUAUCCCCGAUGAUGACCCGUUCGAGGAGUGUCUCGGUCACGGCACACACGUCGCUGGUAUUAUCGCCGCGAUGGAGAACCCGAUGGGCUUCACCGGUGCGAGUCCCGACGUCAAGCUUGGUAUGUACCGCACCUUCGCGUGCAACGGGCAGACGACGGGCGAUGUCCUCAUGGCCGGCGUCAUCAAGGCCUUCGAGGACGGUUCGAAUAUCAUUACCGGAUCCAUCGGUGGGCCGAGUGGAUGGGCCGGAGAGGCCUUUGCUGAAACGGUAUCGAGGAUCGUUGCUUCGGGAGUCCCUUGCACUUUCGCCGCGGGUAACGAGGUCGGCGGCACGGAGGGCCUCUUUGGAAUCAGCACGCCGAGUACCGGUGACGGUGUGAUCUCGGUGUCUUCGUACCAGAGCCAAGGUGCUGACAGUCCGGGGCGAGUCUCCGCUUUCACCAGCUGGGGUCCGACGUUCGAGCUCACUCUAGCCCCGAGUUUUGGUUCUCCGGGAGCCGGCAUUCUCUCGACAUGGCCCGUUGCACUCGGCGAGUAUGCUGAAGCCUCGGGUACUUCGAUGGCGACGCCUCUUGUUGCCAGCAUUGUCGCACUCAUCUCUCAGGCUCGCGGUACCAUGGAUCCGGAUUUGAUCAAGCGACUCCUCGCCUCGACGGCAAAGCCCAACCUCUCGCAGAACUACGGAGUUCCCAACAUCGAAGCUGGCCUCGGGCCUGUUCCGCAGCAGGGAGCCGGCAUGGUGCAAGCCUUCGAUGCCGCCUAUGCGACAUCAGUCAUCAGCGUCGCUGGUCUCUCCUUCAACGACACUGACAAUCUCAUCUCUGAGGCGUCAUUCGGCAUCACCAACGUCGGCGACACUCCGACGACGUACAACGUUUCUCACGUCCCGGCUCUGACGGCGAUUACCCUGUCCGACAUCUACCGCAGCAGCUCCCCCGAUCUAGAGACUGUCUAUGCCAGCCUGACCUUCGAACCAGCGUCUUUCACUCUUGAGCCGAACGCGACGGCCGAAAUCCGUAUCAAUGUGGUGCCGCCGAAGGGUCUGGACGCUGCAUCUCUGCCCGUUUAUUCUGGUUGGGUUGCCUUGAACGGCACCAGCGCCGAUGGUGAAGUCGCUCUGUCGAUCCCGUACAUCGGUGCCGCAGCAUCAAUGAAGAAUGUCACUGUUCUUGCUGCAGAGCGACUCUCUCUCAGCCGAAGUGAUGACCCACGAAACCCAGAAGUCGCAGCCAACACGACCUUCCAGCUCUCUGUUCCGGCCGAGCAUCCCGACUGGGCUGAGCCUCUACUGAAUACCACGGAUCUUGUUCUGCCCGUAGGAGCUUUGCCUGAUCAGUUCGUCUGGUUGGUAAUGGGUAGCGCCGAGGUUCGUCUGGAGGUGGUCCCGCUGGAUGCAAACUCCGACAGUAAGGACAACGGGCUGGGCGUCACUACGCUGGGCAAUGUUGCCGGUUACCCCGUAACGUAUCGCCGACCCAUUGGCUGGAUGAGCCCUUGGGACGGGACACUGGCCGAUGGUUCAUGGGUGCCGGCCGGCCGCUACCGUUUGAGCAUCUUCGCGCUCAAGAUUGCGGGAGAUAGAAGUUUGCCAGAAGGUUGGGAUCGGUACGAUUCGCCAGAGUUUAUCAUUCGGUAUGUGUAG